AUGACGAGCUCUUCUAGCUCGGUCUUCCCGUUCGCACCAGGGCCCAACGUGGUGGUCGCCGCUUCCAAUGCGUACGACGACGUGUACUUGCGCCGCACCACGGGCAUCGCGCCGGUGCCGUGGCCGGGCACGUCGCCGCAGCUCGCCGCGACGCCGUACACCGGCACGAGGAGCGAGGUGCUCUUUUGCUGCGGCAACCAUGCGUACAACAAGGCGAUCCGGCACUGGGCGGCGCUCAUCGCGAACGGGAGCGCGGCUCGGGCAGCGGGGACGGGGUCGGCGCCCGUCCGCUUCGCGUGGCUGUCGGAGCUGUACACGAAGUCGGACCAGUGCCGGAGGGCGCCGACCAACGCAACGGCGAGCAGGGUGUACGCGAGGUCGAAGGUGUGCGGCUACUCGUACGAGGACGUGGCCUCGCACCCGCUCGCGGUGCUGCUGCCGUACUCGAUGCACUCGUACGGCCUCGUGCAGGCGUACUCGCUCGGCAUCCCGCUCCUCGCCCCCUCGCUGCGGCUGCUCUCCGCGCUGCACGUCGCCACCGGCCUCUGCAGCCACAAGGGUCCCGGCAACACUCCGUGGAGGCCGAGCAGCGGCGAGAGGAGGAGGGUGCCCUUCCUCAAUCGGUGGAGCAUCAAGGACGCGCGCGCGUGGUUCGCCGCGCCGCCGCCCUCGGCCGACGUGCCGUGCUGCGCCUCGGAGCCCAACGACGCGUGCACCCCUGCGGCGGCGGCCCAGUGGCUCCAGUUCGCCGAGUGGUACCAGUGGCCACACGUCACCUACUUUGACUCGCCCCAGGAGCUGCACGCCAAGGUGGAGCAGCUUCUCCGCGACGAGAGCGCCCGGCGCACCAUAUCAGACGGCGCAAAGGCAUUCUUCGCCGCCGAGCGAGAGCGGACCGCGGGGCACGUGCGUGCGGCGCUCCAGAGGUCGCUGCGUGUGGCGCCCGCGCGGGCAGCCCCGAGGGAGCGAGAGGGCGUGCCGGUGGAGGCGGAGGCGCCACGGCACUUGCAGCAGCCGCCCGCCGGCCGCGACGUGCGGCCCCGCCGAAACGAGGAGGGGGCAGCUGCAGGGGCCGCGGGCGUGCCAGACUACCUCGUCGGGCCGUUCGCCUUCAACAACGCGUGCGUCUCCUUCUACGCCGACCGGGCGUCACAGCUCCGUCCGUCCGUCACCUCCGAGGCGGGCGACUCGGCCAUGCUGCACGGCUUCAGCGAGUACACCCUUGGCUACCAGCGCGUGCUCAAGGUGCGGCCGGCGGAGGCCACCGACCAGCUGCGCCGCUGCGAGCGGAGGUCGCUCGGCGUGCUCGUGCCCUUCUCCUGCAACAACGUGUACCACAUGGCCUUCCACGCCUUAAGUGCCGACCCGCGCCGGUGGCACGCGUGGGAGUGGGCUCUGCGCGCGAUGACACCGCGCGCCGAGGUCGCCGCCGACUCGACGCCACGGCGCGGGCUGACGAACGAGGGUGCGCUGCUGGACGCGCUGCGCCGCGCCGGGUUGGGCGACGCGCUGCGGCCGACGACGCUCGAGGCGCUUCCGGUCGCCGCGCAGGCGCGCGAGGUUGCGGCGGCGGCAGGGCUCGUCGCGGUGCACGGCCAGGCGCUGGCGUGGGUGCUAUUCUUGCCGUGGGCCGAGCGCCGCACCGCCGCCGUCGAGCUGAGGCCUCGCGGCGCCAAAGCGAACAUCUACGAGGCGCUCUCCGCCGCGCUCGGCGUGAGGUACGAGCGCGUCGCCGCGACGCUCGCGGACAGCUGCCCGAGCGCGCGUUGGCUGCAGUGCAACGUCACAGCGUCGCCGCAAAAGGUAACCGCAGCAUUGGAGGCGUAUGGGUAUUGCUCUCACUGGAGAAUUUCUCCCCGUUAG